GUCAGUAGAUCAGGAAUGGUUUUUCGACAGCAAUAGAACGUUUUAGCAACGGUAUACAGUUUUCAUGCACGAGGUACCUUACAGUUCUUGGUAUAUUUUAGCGCAUCAGCCUAUACCAAAUGUAAAAUAAUCAGAGAUUACCCUAAUUGUAUAUGCUUUCUCAUCUUGGGCAACAGCGAUUCCACAUUACUACUCUCCUUCCCUUGGGCAAGACUGGUUGUUCACGGUUUCCUCGCACAUGUCUUCGUACGCAAAUGCAACAAUGGGUCUCUCAUUCUGGAACCGGCUUCUGAACACGGCCCAAAUCAAGUGCGACUACUCGGAGAAGCCAGCGGGCCUGCGCUGGCGCAGCAAUAAAGUAUUCAUCGUUGCCACGGUGGGUGUCGGGCUCUUCACCGACCUCUUCCUCUACGGGCUGAUUAUCCCCGUCCUUCCCUUCCAUCUGGGCGAUGGCCUCAGCUUGCCUCCAGACCAAGUCCAACGCCAGGUCUCACGCCUGCUCGCCGCCUACGCCGCAGCUUCGGUUGGCAUGUCUCUCAUUGCCGGCGUGAUCACGGAUCGGUUCGGCACACGACGGGCGCCAUUUCUGUUCGGCGUCACGGCGCUGUUUGGCGCAACUCUGCUGCUGUUCCUCGGGCGCACGAUGCGCGUGCUGCUGGUCGCAAGAGUGUUGCAGGGCUUCAGUGCCGCGGUUGUUUGGACCACGGGCAUGGCCCUGUGCUUGGAGACGGUGGGCGCGGAGAAUCUGGGAAAGGCGAUAGGAGCCAUCUUCGGCUUCAUCUCAGUCGGGACCUUCCUGGCUCCAAUACUUGGCGGCGUUCUCUACGACAAAGGCGGUCUCGCAGCCGUGUUUGGGCUUGCGUGUGCAGUCCUGGCCGUCGACUUUACGAUGCGACUUCUAGUCAUUGAAGUCCGCACCGCCCAGCGAUACGAGAUGGGCAAUGGCACCGAUGCCCUCAUUACUGGUGCAAGCCAACCGCAGACUGAGGAGGGCAGCGAUGAACUGUCAUCACUCUUGCAAAAUACCGGAAAGGCAGACGACUCGUACAGAAUAUCGCCAGAUUUGCCAAAAGUCAUGCGCAUCAUUCCCAUCCUGCCUUGCCUUGCGGCUCCCCGUCUCAUCGCUGCUCUGACCAUUGCAUUUGUCCAGGCCUUGCUUCUUGGGAGCAUCGACGCGACGGUUCCGAUUGUCUCUCACGAGUACUACAACUUCUCCUCGCUCCAAGCCGGCCUCAUGUUUCUCCCCAUCGGUGUGGCAAACUUGACUGCUGGGCCGCUCUUGGGCUUGUGCGUGGAUAAGCUGGGUACCAAGAAGAUCUCUGUCCUCGUAUAUCUGUAUCUCGUUCCCGUCCUGAUUUCGUUCCGAUUCGCAAAGCCCGGAGGAGCAUCGCAAGUUGCUGUUUACGAAACUCUGCUGGGACUUGUCGGCAUCGGUGUGGCGGGCAUGGGUGCACCAUCCAUCGUGGAAGCCAGCACGGUUGUCCAGAAGUAUCAUCAAGUCAACCCGGAUUUCUUUGGUGACCAUGGCCCGUACGCCCAGCUGUACUCGUUGUCGUUUCUCUUCUUCUCGCUUGGUUUGGCACUGGGACCUGAGCUAGCUGGUGAGUUACGACAGGCCAUUGGGUACGGGAACAUGAAUGCAGUGCUGGCGGCAGUUUGCGCCCUUACGGCUUUGGUGUGCUUUCUGUUCAUCGGCGACAAACCCAAGCAAACAAUACGGUGAACUAGACACUGUUCUAUUAUGCAAGCCAAGCUGAGCGAGGAACACGAUCCAAAACGGCGGCUCGGCAGCAAUGGCCUGCGAACAGCAGCAGGGGCAGAGGUUGAAGGGGAGUCUCUUAGGUAGAAUCAUUUUAGACUGUUGUACAACAGGGCUCAAUAACUUGAC